UGAGGGACGGAUUCAAGCGGCAGGUCUCCACCGUCCGAAGGAUUGUGCUCAUUUCUUUGUUAAUUUCCUUUUUUAGGGUUUAUUGACAGUUAAUUAGAGUGUCGUUGCCGAGUUUUUUUGUUCGCUGCUCAUAUUGGGAUGGCCGAACCGAGCUCCAGAUAUCAGCAGCUACUGCAUGAGGAGGAGCCAGAGGAGGUUUCACAGGUAGCAGCAGAUGCUCCUCCCCCCUAUAGCAGCAUUACCACAGAUAAUGCAGCUUAUUUUGACUACAAGGAAGAUGGGGCUUUCCCCAAGCCUCCAUCAUACAAUGUAGCAACAACGCUGCCUUCCUAUGACGAAGCAGAAAGAACCAAGGCCGAGGCUAAUGUUCCACUUGUCACGGAGCGAGACGACGACUUUGUGACCAGAGAUGACUUUGAAGAUACAGACCAGCUGAGGAUUGGCAACGACGGCAUUUUCAUGCUCACUUUCUUCAUGGCAUUCCUAUUCAACUGGAUUGGGUUCUUCCUGUCCCUCUGUCUGACCACCUCUACAGCCGGACGCCAUGGGGCUGUCUCUGGCUUCGGCCUCUCCAUCAUCAAAUGGAUCCUUAUUGUGAGGUUCUCCACAUACUUCCCUGGUUACUUCGAUGGACAGUAUUGGCUGUGGUGGGUGAUCCUGGUGUUAGGGAUUCUGAUCUUUUUCCGAGGUUUCAUCCACUACGUCAGAGUCCGCAAGAUGGCUGACUCCUUCGCCACCCUUCCCCGAACCCGAGUCCUCUUCAUCUACUAAAUUUGAGGGGUGUGGGACUCAACCACAUCACUAUUAUCAUCAUUGUCUCCACCGCCAGCCCUUUGCUCCCCCACAUAGACACAUUUUGUCUGGCAUCAUUCAAAUAAGGAGGGAGGAAGAGCAUAUAUAUA